CUGUCUCUGCCUCUAGCCAUCUAUCAGCUGCUGCUCUCUGUGGGCUAAAGUCAGGUAGGAAACUAGAGAGACAGGCUGGGCAUAUACUGCAGCACAUUGGUGGCUAAGUGUGUGUGAGAGAGUCGGUUUACACCGACACAGUCAGUGAAGUACAGAAGGGUGGAGUGGAGAGGAGCUCAGUGGGAUUGUUAGUGUGUGUGGAGGAGUGUGAGAGACAUUUAACCACUCCAGACCAUGAACAUGAAGCACCGGAGGUUCUCCCUUGACAGCUCAGUGUCGCUGGAGGAUGGUGAUGGAGGUCAUCUGCUGGACCAGAGGAGAGGCAGCCGCAGUAGGCCUAAGAAGAGUGGAGAGAGGAGGAAAAGCCACAGUCUAGAGGAGGCACAGCUAGAAACACAGGGGCUGGGAUGCAGCCUGAACCGGAGCAACUCACUCAGGUCACAGACCAUAGAGGAGAGCUUCCAUCGGCCUGAUGGCGUCAUUGUCACCAAAAAUAGCUUUGUGAAAUACAACAAAGCCUUUCACAAACUCUUCGAAGACGUUCCUGCAGAGGAGAAACUAACUCAUGCGUUCACCUGUGCCCUGCAGAAGGAAGUGUUGUAUCAUGGGAAGCUAUUUGUGUCUCUCAACUAUGUGUGUUUCUACUCCUCCGUACUCCUCAAAGACACCAAGGUGGUGGUUCACGUGUCCAGCAUUAAGGAAGUGAAAAAGCAGAACUCAGCCUUGUCUAUGCUCUCCAUCCACACUACAGAUGGAGACAAGUAUUUGUUGGUGUCUUUGCGGAACCGGCAAGUGUGUUACAAAAUCCUGCAGACUGUGUGUACACAAGCACAGACUGUGUUCACACGGCAGAAGGGGGAGAAUGGCAGCAGCAGUUCCCACGUCUCGCCAGAGGAGAACGGUGUUGACGACGUGAAUCGAGACAUAGACACGAUAUCUAGCCACUCUAGCCUGGAGGACAGUAUGGAGCAGAGCCUUCCUAAAGAGACUGUCUACUCUGACCUGCCCAGCAGAGGGAGGGACAGCUCCACUCCUAGAAGCAGCAUCAGCAAAGACCAGGACGAUCAGUUCACAUUCACAGAGGAGGAAGACUCGGCUAACUCGUGUUUGUGGAGAGUCACUGAAAAGAUUAAAUCUCUCCUCCUCAUCAGAGAGAUGAGCAACCUCAACGUCCUCCUCUCCAUCUAUCUGUUUCUGGUGGUGCUUCUACUGUUGUCAUCAGGGUACAUCGGCCUGCGGAUCUUAGCACUGGAGGAGCAGCUGAGUUCCCUAGGGGCCCUGCCUGAGUUCUCCAUACACCACAGAGAGUGAGCAAACACGCACACCCCGCGAGAUACAGGUACAAGGAAACGUAGUCUGCAGAGACACACAGCAGGAAGAAUAAAGAGCAAGAAUGUUUGUCCAAAGCCACAGGACAACAAACUACGCAGAUCCACUUACUGUAUAAAGGGUCUCAAUUUCACGUCGUCUUGUGACUCGUGCGAUGGACCAUUGUUAAAAUAUUCAGUAUUUAUUUGUGGAUCCUCCCGAUCUGUUGAGGAGACAGAUCACUUAGAAUCUACGACUCUAGCGCCCCGUAGUGGUGUUUCUCAGAAAUAUGGAAAAUGUUGACUUCAUACAAAGCAACAUACCUUUUUAUCUUUUUCUUGGUAGCCUAUAUUUAGUAGAAUUUGAUUUCAGGCCGUCGCAGUCCACUCCUAAAAUAAAUUGUCUUCCUGCUCUAUUUGUUUGUCUCAGCUCAACUGAUAAUGCCUGUUUUAUUGUCUUGCUGUAAAUUGUGUUAUUUUUGAAAGUAAUUAAAGUCAACAAUU